UGGCUCGCCACAGUAUGUACACCAGAUUAUUUGUCCCAUCGAUCUGGUUCUGAUCUGAUUUGAUCAUAAUCAAUAAAUUUAAACCGUCUCAUCAUACAUGGUAUGCCACCACUUUUCAAUGAGUUCUUCGGCCAGGCUUUCAAGAUCACUUUAGGUACUCGGUGCUAUGGGCUUUUGCCAUUCAGCGAUUGAAUUAAGGCCGAGUCUGGCUUAGUGACUCAAGGAAGCGGUCGCUGCAAUGAAUUGCAAGUUGUUUCAGUAAUCUUUGCGGGUUAUGGCCUAUUCAGGCUGUUAGUGGCACUGAUCAUCACGGUCUUCGCUGAAUUUCCGAGCAGCACCUGUAUAAUAAAUAUAUAUUCCUACAUCCUCUCGAAUAUGGUCAACUAACAGGAGCCUUGAUAUCCUCAGUCUGUUUCUUGAUAUGAACACUACACUCAAGGAAUCAGCCCAAGUCUUCCCACUCCUUCUCAUUCUUGCCAUCAUAGUUAUUUCACUGGAUGGUUUAUCAAAUUUCAAUGUUAUUGAUCUUUCCCGGCUGAAUUUUGUCUCGUAUCAUGACAUGCCAAAACCCGCCGCCCAUGGCAAGGAAGCUUACAGCCUCGAGCCUUCCUCCGAUCAUGUGGCGCUACGGUUUGAUGACCACAACUAUGAUAUUACAUCUGACCAUGAUUGGGAGUCGAUUUUUCCUUCCAACGGCAAUGACUACCAUGUCUCGAUGUAUCGACAACUCGCCUGUCUUGACACGAUACGCAGGGCACACUUGAUUUUAUAUGCGCGACAGUCAAACACUUCGGAGACACCUUUGCUUCUGAAGGAGGCGCAGUGGUGUUUCGGUUAUUUGAGGCAGAUUAUCCUUUGUAAUGCAGAUACGACAUUGGAACCCAGUGUUCGGGUGUAUGAUCUAGAUGAUGUAUUUCUACAGGAUGCAACCGGCCUUGGAGAAUACCAUAGGUGCUAUGAUUGGACAAGAAUUCGCCAUAUAGAAAUCGCGCUGUCCAAUAGUCUUGACACCGGCACUUAGAGUAGAAGUCGGAUAAUGGCAGCGUAACUCUGGUACUUAGUACGACUAUGGAUACGCAAUAUUGUAAAUGGUAGAACUCGAGGCGACAUGAAAAUCCGACGCUAUAUACAUCACUUGAACCUAUUAAUCUACUUUUGCAUUUGGCAGGCUGUUAUCUCAACAAUUACUGGUAUGCA